UUUACAUUUUAAUUUGACUUUUAUGCGUCUCAAUACUUUGCUUACUGAGAAAAACACAUAUUUGAGCAUUAUUAGUCAUUUUUGGUCUUGCAGCUUGAACACUUUCGAUACUUUUUAAACCACAUUUUACGUUACAUUUCACUGUAACUUUGCCGACCCAUCCAAAUUGCUCUUAAAAAUAUCUUUGUUUAUGCCCCUGCAAGUAACGGGAUGUCCUCCUUUGGUAUACCUUUAAAGAACUAUUAUUUUCAGCUCAGUACAAGACCCAGGGUAAAACAUGCAUGAGGUUUGGCGUGAGUAGGAAAGGAUACUCCGUCUCUCUGACGAACCUACUCUCAGUGAUUAAAACUUUUAGCAAAAUCCAAUUAUAAAUGUAUAGGAGGUAGCAGUCAAACCGACUCAUCGCCUCCAGCUACGAGGUGCAUUCAAGUAAAAAAAAAAAUGUAACGUUUCUUUGAGUGGUACCCGAAAUAUCCGUUUUGUCUAGGUUUUGUGAACUAAGCAACGCAACAUUUUGUAAACUAUCACAUAUUUGUGCAGAGACUUAUAAUGAAGGCGAACUGAAGCGUCAGCGAAUAUGAACAGGCGCACUGAAUAACAACGCUCUGUGGCGGGACACUGAACUCAACCUGACCUGCCAGUUUUUUACAAGCUAGUCCAGUGCCUAAGAAGAGCAAGGUUUCAGCGAGGAGGGAUCUCUUCUUUACUGAGAGAAUCAUCAUGGCAGUAGAUGUCCCUGGACUCGUCUCUGUGAUCGUUUUUUAUGUUUGCAUCCUGGCAAUUGGAGUGUGGGGGUCUCGAAAAUCCAAGAAAGUGGAGAAGAAAUGCUCUGGCUCAAAGAGUGAAGUUGCCAUCAUUGGUGGCCGCAACAUCAACAUCCUGGUUGGAAUUUUUACCAUGACAGCAACAUGGGUCGGUGGUGGUUACAUUAUGGGAACUGCCGAGUCUGUUUAUUCUCCUACUCAAGGUCUCGUCUGGGCUCUGGGCCCCCCUGCAUAUGUCUUGUGUUUUUUUGUGGCUGGACUGUUUUUUGCAAAACCUAUGAGGUCAAAGCGUUAUGUGACAAUGUUGGACCCAUUUCAGAAUCGCUAUGGCAAAGCAUUCACUGUGACACUCCUGCUUCCUGCUUUGGUCAGUGACAUAUUAUGGGUGGCCUGUAUCCUUGCUGCUCUUGGUGGAACAAUGAGUAUAAUUCUUGGGCUGUCUUCUACCAUCUCCAUCAUCAUCUCAGCAGCUGUCUCCAUUGUCUACACAUUAUUAGGGGGUCUCUACUCAGUUGCAUACACUGAUAUCAUUCAGCUUUGUUUUAUUUUUUUCAGCUUGUGGCUUUGUGUUCCUUUUAUGGUUCUUAGUCCAGCAGUUACUGUCAUCUCACAAACACUCCCACUCAACCAAACAAGUGAACAUGCAUGGAUGGGACACCUGGACCUGGAAGUUGCAGGAAAGUGGGUUGAUGAGAUGCUUCUUAUGGCUUUAGGGGGAUUGUCAUAUCAAGCUCUAUAUCAAAGAAUUCUUUCGGCAGCCUCCUCUGUUCAGGCUCAGAUAUCCUGCUUUGCUGCGGCUUUAACAGUUUUUAUUAUGGGAAUACCCUCAGUUGUCAUUGGAGUGAUGGCUUCUGCUGCAGACUGGAACCAGACUGCAUACGGUCUUCCCCCUCCUUUUGAGCGUGGAGAUGCAGGGAAGAUCCUGCCUCUCGCUCUGCAACAUCUCACACCCACCUGGGUGUCAGUGCUAGGCAUUGGUUCUGUAGCUGCAGCUGUUAUGUCCUCCAUGGACUCGGCGCUGCUAUCCUCUGCAUCCAUGUUUACACAAAACAUAUACAAGACAACUUUGAGGAAAACGGCCUCAGAGAGGGAGCUCCAGUGGGUGAUCCGUAUUGGUGUUCUGGUCGUGGGCCUGGCUGGAACAGGUCUGGCUUUUGGAGACGACAGUGUGUUCGCUCUCUGGGUUCUAAGUGGAGAUCUCCUUUACUGUGUGAUUUUCCCACAGCUGCUCUGUGUUCUCCACUUCCAACGUGCAAACACUUAUGGUGCUUUUUCUGGUUUCGUGGUGGGUUUGUUGCUGCGUGGACUGAGCGGGGAGCCCAUACUUGGGAUCCCUCCUGUUCUCCUAUACCCUGGUUGGAGGGAGGAGAAUAAUGUGAUCAGACAGUACUUUCCUUACAGAACUAUUGCCAUGCUGUUUUCUGUGGUAAGUAUUCUAGCAGUCUCAUGUCUGCUGAACCUGAUUUUUGAGCACGAACUUAUCCCACAGUCCUGGGAUUUUCUGCAGGUUUUUAAAAACAAGAAUGAUACAGAGGAGGAUGAAGCACCUGGCUCCUUUGAGGAAAUAAACCAAGUUCUCCAUACUAAAUUCUAAGCUAAACUUCAAUGUAACCCAAAGAAUAAGACUAAACAUGCUGCAGAUGGUUUUGUGAUUUCUCAAGGCAACUCCAUCUGUAGUUACUUUUUUUAGAAAACAGUUUUGCAGUCAUUGAAAGAAUAAAUGAUUCCAAUGUCUAGUUUCCAAUCACAAACUUCAGUGUAUGUUUUAGGCGUUCAUGAUAUAUAGUACAUAAUUUCAAAGUAGAAGGAAAGCAUAGGUUUUUUAAAUUUGUUUUUAAGUUAAAUAAAGACUCUAAAGUUAUUACAUGCACUUGUGUUCAGCUAAUAUAUGCAGAUUCUUUUUUGUAAACAUUCCAGUUUAAGGUCAGUCAGACUGAACAGAAAGUACCUUCAAACACCAAUGUCUAAUGUUUUGAUUGAAAUUCCCAGUUGGUUUUAGGGCUUAUGUUUUUGUUAACUGAACCACACUAUUGAGCAGCAAAAUUAAUUACAUAAUUUUAUCACAAUUAAUACCUUCAGACCCCACGCCCACUGGAAUGGACGUGAUAUUUCUCUGAUUUUAAAUCAGUAAGAAAGGAGGAAAUUUGCUAUUUAAAUGAUACUUGUUACUUAUUGGUUUCUUAUUAAACAAAAAACAAUGUAGUUCAGACUCUUAACUUGACACUACUGGGUUUUAAGCAUCAGACGAGAUGAGCAUUGUUAUGAAACCAGGGAAAGGGAGGAGUAAGUAUCUCUUUUCUAUCAAAAAUAUUAAUUUAUCUUCAUAGCAGCCUAGAAAAAUUGCUCUCAGUAUAAUUUUAAGUAUUUCCAGUGAUAGUAUUUUAAGGUAUUUUGAAAAUUUUUUCUAUCAUUAAAUUGCAGGAUUUUUUAAAGUUGAAUGUCCAUCCCAAUGGACAUCAGUUUAGGUAUGUUAAACCACACUUUAUUAUUCAGUGCUACUGUGCAAAGAAAAAAAGCACCCAUAAGCAUUUUGAAGCCAGUUUGCGAGGUCGUACUUAUCUUAGUACUUUAUUUUUUUCAAUAAUGGAGUAUUAACUCUGACUUGUACAUGGAGAUAUAUCUGAUUAUGGGUGCUCAGAUAUAGGAAAUAAGUCAUGUGAGAUCAGGAGUUAGACGGUAAAUUGAGAAGUAAAGCAGUUCAAGUUUCUUAAAAUGUCUCAACCAAAGGAGUUCAAGCUGUACAAUGAAUCAAUGGAUGGUUUUGUCCUAGAUGAAAUUGUCAUUCUGUACCACAAAUAAAUCACACUGAAACUACUUCAAGGCUGCUUAUCAAAAUUUAGAGAUUGCAUGAAAAUGCCCAGCAAGCUGGGCACUGUUUAACUGUGUGAUCUGUUGUUAAAUAAUCUAAACUAAAAACCUGCCUGUUUAGAAUUGAUUUUGAUACAUAAUUAAUGAGAUAUUGAUUAUGUUUAACAAUCUGAUGAGUAACAAUAGCACUUGACAAAAUGUAAUGCGUCAGUUGUUGACUGUGUGUUGUAUGAGUUUGUAUUUUUGUGUUUUUAUGAUGUAAAGCACUUUUGAAAUGCCUUGUUGCUGAAAAGUGCUAUACAAAUAAGGUUUGAUUUGGUAUGUUCAGAUUACUAUACAUACAAAGUAAAAAGUAAAAAAUAAUUUUAGAUGUCACACACAAAAAUAAGUUCACUAUGCUCAAAUUGUAUACGUGACUGUAAGGACGUUCUUAUUACUAUGAACAUGACGUUUUUUUGUACAGUUUAUAUUUACAUUUUCUACUUCAUUUUAGGGCAUUUUAUAGUACUUUGC